AUGGUGUCCCCGUUUUUAUUUGAAUCCAAAAUGAUGCAAAUUAUUCUGGUGGUGUUACUUAUUUUAUUCUUUUACUUAGCAUUUAGAAUAGUCGUGCCACCUUUGAACUUUCCGAGAACGAUUCCGACUAUACCUUUCUAUGUCAUAUUUUUACCCUCAAUCUUUGACAUCGACCAGGUGGAUCUAUUCAAUUUAUAUUUGAAAGAGCCUUUGAAGAAAUACGGUGCCGCCAAAAUAUUUUUUGGAUCCCGUUGGAAUAUAGUUGUAAGCAAACCUGAGUAUCUCGCACAGAUUUUUAAAGAUGAAGAAACCUUUGCUAAGAGUGGCAAUCAGAAAAAAAUUCCUUAUAGUGUGAUAGCUGCAUACACAGGAGAUAAUAUAAUUAGUGCUCAUGGGGAAGUCUGGAAAACGUAUAGAUCUAUUAUGGCCAAUGGAUUACAACAGUUCGAUGAGACACCAUUUUACCAUAACGCAAAGCUCUUUUGUGACAUCCUCCAAAAAAAAAUCGGAGACAAAGAUGAAGCGCUGAUUCCUAUAUCUGCUGAUAUUCAACGUCUGUGUCUUGACAACAUAUCUCAAGUCACUCUCGGAUUUGACUUCGGAGGUCUUCGUGAAGAGUAUAACCCUUUACUGGAGCAUCUUGUUAAUAUCAAGAAGCAAAUAUUUCAUCCUUUUUUCCUAACAUUCCCAUUCUUCGAUUCAUUUCCAAUUCCAGCAAGAAAGAAAGCAUUCAAAGAAGUUGAAUAUUUUCGUCAAGAACUUGUAUCUCACAUUCAACAGCAAUUGAUAAAAAAUUUUAAGUUUGAGCAGACUACGUUUGUUUCAAGUGAUUUGGUAAGAGCAUUCAAUAAUCAAACAAUAAAUUACAAACAGUUAACAGAUAAUUUAGUAAUCUUGCUCGUUGCCGGUCAUGAGAACCCUCAGCUACUAUUGACUACUUCACUCUACUUUUUAGGUAAGUACAAGGAUACAUGGCAACAUAAAAUUAGAAAUGAAAUUGAGAAUGUUUCGGAGCCAAAAACGUUGGGAGAGCUUCCAUUGCUUAACUCUUUCUUAUACGAAGCUACAAGAAUGUUACCGCCCUUGAACACUAUCAUUAAUCGCCGUACAUCUCGUUCUUGUCGCCUUGGGUCAGAUAUCAUAAUUCCGCAGAACACUUACGUUGGAUAUAAUAAUUUCGGAGCAGCUCAUGAAGCUAAAUCUUGGGGCACUGAAGCUGACAAGUUUCAUCCUGAGAGAUGGGGUGAUGACAUGGCCUCUAUAAGUAAAAAAUGGAAAAGUGCCAAAAGCACACAUGCUAUGUCAGCGUUCCAUGGUGGGCGUCGUGCAUGUUUGGGAGAAAAACUAGGAAUGGCGGAAAUGAGAAUAACAAUUGCUGAAAUGCUUAGAAACUUUGAAUGGUCACUGUCACCACACUGGAAAGAAAAAAUGACGCCUGCCGGUCCUCUAAGUCCUUUCAAGCUGGAACUGAAGUUGAAAAGACUCGAAUUCGGUUUAUCGAAAAAAGAGACUACAUAA